AUGAGAAACACGGUCGUUCUCGCCCUAGCUGGCGCAGCCCUCGGUGCUCCCACCCAGACUCUCGAGAAUCGUCAAUUCUCGGGUUUUGGUUCCAGUGGAUCUGGAACUGAAGGUGGUCUCGGCGCUCUGGCCUCUCUCUUCCCCGGUCUGGGAGGUGAGUCUAGCGGCUCAUCCUCCGGCUCUGGCUCUAGCUCUGGCUUCCCCAGUCUCGGUAAUCUCCCCGGUCUCGGAGGUUCCAGUGCCUCUUCCUCGGAUACCCCGAGCCUGCCCAGCUUCACUGGCCUGCCUGCUCUUGGAGGCUCUGGUGCUGAGCCUAGCGGCACUCCCAGUUUGCCUAGCUUCAAGACUGGCCGUGACGUCGAGAAGCGUCAGUUUGACCUUUCUUCUCUGACCAGCGGUCUGGGCGGAAGCACUGGCACCAGCGGUGGACUCAGCUCCCUGGAGUCUCUCAUUCCCUCCCUGAGUGGAAGCUCUGGCAGCAGCGGUCUUGGCUCCAUUGAAUCCCUCAUUCCUUCUCUCGGUGGUAGCUCCGACACCAGCGGUGGACUGAGCGCUUUGGAGUCCCUCAUUCCUUCCAUGGGCUCCAGUGGCUCCAGCGGCCUCGGCUUCAAGGCCCGCCGCGACGCUCAGGAAGCUGAGAAGCGCAACUUCGACUUCAGUAUCGGUGGCAGCGCUGGCGGCAACGCCGACGUCGACGCCAAUGCUGGCGCUGGACUCGGUGCUGGUAUCAACCUCAAGGCCCGGGACGACGGCGAGGAUAUUGAAAAACGCCAGUUCGACCUCUCCUCGCUGACCAGUGGCCUCAGCGGCAGCUCCGGUACUAGCAGCGGUCUCGGCGCCCUAGCGUCCCUUAUUCCCUCCACGGGCAGCAGUGGCAGCUCUGGUAGCAGCGGAUUCAGCAUCCCUGGCCUGAGUAAUAUCCCCACUGAUUCCGCUAUUCCAAGUCUCAAGGCUAAACGUCAGAGUCUAUUAGGCUCCUCUGGCUCUAUUACCGCGAACGAUGUCACCGAUAACAACGGCUGCAAGGAAUUGACUUUCAUUUUCGCCCGCGGCAGUGACGAGAUGGGCAACAUGGGCUCCGUUGUUGGACCUCCCGUCGCUACGCAGUUGAAGUCUUUGACUGGUGACAAGGUUUCCGUCCAGGGUGUGACUUAUGCAGCUACUGCUGAGAGCAACGCCGCUAUGGGCGCAAACGGUGGUCCCGUCAUGGCCAAGCUUGUCACGCAGGCUCUUUCUCAGUGCCCCAAGACUAAGGUCGUUAUUGGUGGAUACUCGCAGGGAUCCAUGGUCGUGCACAAUGCUGCCAACAGCCUCUCCGCUGACCAGGUCGCUGGUGCUAUUCUUUUCGGUGACCCGUUCAAGGCCCAGGCUGUUGGUAAGCUUGACAGCAGCAAGGUUAAGGAGUACUGCGCUACUGGUGACCCGGUUUGCUUGAACGGUGCCAAUGUCAUGGCUCACUUGAGCUAUGGCAGUGAUGCCAAGGAAGCUGCGCAGUUCUUGAUCAAGGCUGCUGGUCUUUCCACUUCCUCUUAG